UCAUAAAUAAAUCUAUAAAAUAAUUGAUGUAACUCUUUCCCUUUUGUUGUCUUGCUGCUGCACAUACAAAAACAAAGGGAAUGAAACAAACAAGAAGAAGACAUUGGUUUUGGAUGAAUUGAGAGCUGCGGCCAUGGCUACCGACUUCAUAUCUAUUCCUUUGAUCGAUAUUAGUCCGCUAGUGGAGAAAUGGGAUGACCCGAACCCGACCCGAGAUGAAAGAGUAGCAGAAGUUGUUCAACAGUUGGAUAAAGCUUGCAGAGAAGCUGGCUUCUUUUAUGUGAAGGGGCAUGGGAUUCCGGAUUCUGUUUUGAAAGAAAUUAGAAGUAUAUCUCGCCAGUUUUUCGAUUUGCCAUACGAAGAGAAACUCAAAAUAAAACUCUCUCCAGCAACUGGAUACAGAGGAUACCAACGGGUCGGAGAGAAUAUUACCAAAGGCGUUCCCGACAUGCAUGAAGCUAUUGAUUGCUACAAAGAAGUGGAACCUGGAAUGUAUGGAGGCCUUGGUGAGGUUAUGGAAGGAUGUAAUAAAUGGCCGAGUGAUCCUCCACGUUUUAAAAAUUUAAUGGAGGACUAUGUCAGUCGUUGCACAGAUUUAUCAAGAAAGAUAUUGAGGGGAAUAGCUCUGGCAUUGGGCGGGCCUUUGGAUAUGUUCGAAGGUAAAAUAGCAGGGGAUCCGUUCUGGGUGUUUCGCAUAAUUGGUUAUCCUUCUGUCUCCCACCCCAGCUCCAAGCAGAUGCCCGAUGCCAAAAAUGAUAUCGGAUGCGGAGCACACACUGACUACGGUUUACUAACAUUGGUUAAUCAAGACGAUGAUAUAACUGCACUGCAGGUUAGAAACAUAGAUGGGGACUGGAUACUGGCUGAACCUGUUCCGGGCACAUUCGUUUGCAAUAUAGGAGACAUGCUGAAGAUACUUACGAAUGGGCUAUACGAAUCAACUGUGCAUCGGGUGAUAAAUAAGUCUGCAAAAUUUCGAGUCUGUGUGGCAUACUUCUAUGAGACAAACUUUGACGCCGUUGUACAGCCAGUGGAGAUAUGCGUGCAGAGGAGUGGUGGCGCCAAAAAGUUUGAUGAAGCUGUUUAUGGGAAGCAUUUGGUGAGCAAAGUGGUCAACAAUUUUGUUGUCUAGUUUUUGCAGCGGAAUUUUGUGUUGUAUUUGUAUUCUCAUUGCUUCUCAUGUUUAAGACUUGAUGAUCUAUGGUGUGUGAUUUUUGGAUUUCCUAA